UCUGGGUCCCGGAAAAUGUUACGACCUCCGGCCCAUUGUUUGCAUUUUACCGCAUGAUGAUGAGGACGGCGGAGUGAUUCCUUUUUUACAGAAAGACACAUCACAAACCGCUGCAUGUGGCUUUAAAACCUGAAACACAGCUACAAAGAGCAGGUCGGGGAGAAGUCGAGGAAAGGCACUUCAACAUGAACUCUGAGAGGAAACUGUCAGCUGACCAGCGGAGAGCUUUACCUUCAGAUGUCCAGAAAGUGAUUGUUGGUGAAGAACAUCAGCAGGAGUGGAGCUCCAGUCUGGACCAGGAGGACACAAAGCCCCCACACAUUAAAGAGGAACAGGAGGAACUCCGGAUCAGUCAGGAUGAAGAGCAGCUUCAAGGGCUGGAGGAGACUGAUAUCACCAAGUUCCCAUUCCCUCCUGUCCCUGUGAAGAGUGAAGAUGAUGAAGAGAGACCUGAGUUCUCACAGCUUCAUCAAAGACAAACUGAACAGAUGGAAACAGAAGCUGACGGAGAGGACUGUGGAGGACCAGAACCAGCCAUGAACUCAGAUCCAGAUACACAUUUACAACCAGAUACUGAUGACCAGACUGGAGACUCUUCUGAACCUGAGACUGAUGACAGUGCUGAUUGGAAGAAGACCAGAGAACCUCAGUCAGGUUUAAACUCUCUGAAUAAUAAUGAAGGCCCUGACAGCGAUUUGAGGUGUAGUACUGGUGAGAAAACGAAUGAGAAAGGAUUUGGCACCAGUGGACAUCUGAAGCGACAUAUGAGAUCUCAUACAGAAAAGAGACCAUUUAGCUGCUCAGUCUGUAAGAAAGCUUUUAAACAGAGGGGACACUUACAGACGCACAUGAGAAUCCACACAGGAGAGAGACCAUUUAGCUGCUCGAUCUGCAAAAGAGCUUUUACCGAGAGUGGAAGUCUACAUAAACACAUGAGAGUCCACACAGGAGAGAAGCCGUUUAGCUGCUCCUUCUGCAUGAAAACUUUUACCGAGAGUGGAAGUCUACAUAAACACCUGAGAAUCCACACAGGAGAGAAAACAUUUACCUGCUCCGUCUGUGAGAUAGCUUUUACACAGAGUGGAAAUUUGCAGACACACAUGAGAAUCCACACAGGAGAAAAAUCAUUUAGCUGCUCCGUCUGUAAAAAAUCCUUUAGAGUCAGUGGAAGUUUACGGAUACAUAUGAGAAUCCACACAGGAGAGAAACCAUUUAGCUGUUCAGUCUGUAAGAAAUCCUUUAGAGUCAGUGGCAGUUUACAGAUACACAUGAGAAUCCACACAGGCGAGAGACCAUUUAGCUGCUCACUCUGCAAGAAAGCUUUUACAGAGAGUGGAAACUUACAGCAACACAUGAGAACCCACAUAAGAGAAACCAUUUAGCGGUGUGAGUUGAGCUCCAGUCUGGAAGGAGAGCAUAGAACCUCAGUCAGGUUUAAACGCU